CCCAAGCUCUCAAUCUCUCUCAUAGACCAGUAGAGGCAGCAGCAGGCCAAUAAUUAUAGACACUCUUUCUUUCUUUUUCUCUAAUGGCAAGCAGCAACUACAGGGACGAAAGCGAUGACCUUACCCUAUCGCUUUUGCCUGAACCAUUGCCCCAAAAUGGUGAUCAUGAGAACAAAGAUGAGAGCCUUUCAAUAAGGGUUUGGAUAGAGACCAAGAAGCUAUGGCAAAUCGUGGGUCCUGCCAUCUUCAGCAGGCUCGCUUCUUACACCAUGAAUGUCAUUACGCAAGCCUUCGCUGGCCACCUCGGUGAGGUCCAAUUGGCUUCCAUUUCCAUUGCCAACACUGUCAUCGUCGGCUUCAAUUUUGGGCUAUUGUUAGGAAUGGCAAGCGCAUUAGAAACCCUGUGUGGGCAGGCCUUCGGAGCCAAAAGGUACCAUAUGCUUGGGAUAUACUUGCAAAGGUCAUGGAUUGUGCUGUUCCUCUGCUGCUUUCUCCUGACCCCUGUUUACGUGUUUGCAACUCCAAUUCUGAAGCUGCUGGGGCAGACCGAUGACGUGGCAGAGCUGUCGGGGGUGGUGGCUCUGUGGCUCCUUCCCCUGCACUUCAGCUUUGCGUUUCAGUUCCCAUUGCAGAGGUUCUUGCAGUGCCAGCUUAAGAACAUUGUUAUUGCUUGGGUUUCUUUAACGGGUUUAUUGGUUAAUGCAUUGGUGAGUUGGCUUUUCAUCUAUGUAUUGGAUUAUGGGGUUGUUGGUGCUGCCAUUGCUUUGGAUAUUUCCUGGUGGUUUUUGGUUUUUGGGCUCUAUGUGUAUGCUGCUUGCGGUUGGUGCCCUCAGACUUGGACUGGUUUCUCUAUGCAAGCCUUUUCUGGGCUCUGGGAAUUUAUCAAACUUUCUGCUGCUUCUGGUGUUAUGCUCUGCUUGGAGAAUUGGUAUUACAGAAUUCUGAUAUUGAUGACUGGAAACUUGAAAAAUGCAACUAUUGCUGUGGAUGCCUUGUCAGUUUGCAUGACUAUUAAUGGAUGGGAGCUCAUGAUUCCUCUAGCCUUCUUUGCUGGAACAGGGGUAAGGGUGGCAAAUGAGCUAGGAGCUGGAAACUGGAAGGGAGCGAAAUUUGCAACGAAGGUUUCUGUGGUAGAAUCCACCGUGAUUGGUGUCUUUUUUUGUGUACUUAUAAUGGCAGUCCACGACAAAAUCGCAUACAUAUUCACCUCCAGUAGUGCUGUCCUCGAAGCAGUUGAUGAGAUGGCUUAUCUCUUGGCCGUCACAAUUUUACUUAAUAGCGUUCAACCUGUUUUAUCAGGAGUAGCUGUGGGCUCGGGAUGGCAAGCUUGGGUGGCAUAUAUAAAUCUUUUCUGCUACUACAUAGUUGGGCUCCCACUUGGGUUUCUAAUGGGAUGGGUCUUCAACUUGAGUAUUGGGGGUAUUUGGGGUGGGAUGAUCUUUGGUGGGACUGGUAUUCAAACAUUGAUAUUGGCCAUCAUCACAAUACGACGUGAUUGGGAAAAAGAGGCUGAGAAAGCCAACCAGCGUGUAUUGCAGUGGUCAACCCCUAAACCAGACAAUCAAUCAGAAGAACAAGUCCAUUAGCUGCAAACUUUGGAAUUUUUCAUGUGUUUGUGCUUCUGAGUGUCCAUUAUUUUUCGCUUGAAUUCUGAGGCUACUUUUUCAACCACUGAAGAAAGAAAAAACAAAAUAAAACAAAACAAAACAAAACAAGAUAGAGAGGUGAUGCGGUUAAUUGAUUA